UUACGCUACGUACAUGAUAAGAUCGCACGAAGAAGAAACUUGUCUGCAGUACAUAAGUAAUUUUACUCUAGACAUAAUUGAGAUUAUAAAAUAUGAAUCAGAAGUGGAUUAUUGUUUAUCUACUAGUAGCAUGUGCACAUCUAUCGCAUCAGACAUCAACACCAAACACAACAACUUAUAUAGCAGCUGUAGUAGAAUAUUCUCCAAAAUAUUCAAUAAACAGCAACGAGACGUUGAAAAUAAAUUCUGAUGAAUAUGUAGGAUUUAUUGAAAUAGCUAAUCUUUAUGCUGUUGAUAUAAUCGUUUUUCCUGAAGCUGGUUUGACAACAAUGAAUUUUCCGGAAAGAGAAAAACUGGAGGAUUGGACAACUAUUGUUCCUAAUGCCUCAUUUAAUUAUAUACCUUGCUGUCAAGAUAUUUUUAAAGUUAGCGAUGCAUUGAGAAAAAUAUCAUGUGCUGCAAGAAGCAACAAAAUCUAUGUGGUAAUCAAUAUCGCUGAGAAAGAACUUUGCUCUGAUGAACCUUGCCCAAGAGACAAAAUGUUCUAUUACAACACCAACGUUGUAUUUGAUCGCACAGGAAAAAUUAUAGCCAGAUAUCGUAAAACAAAUCUUUCUAAAGAAUACCAAUUUAAUGUGACAACAACACCAGAAGUAGUAAGUUUUGAUACUGAUUUUGGAGUCAAAUUUGGAACUUUUACAUGUUUUGAUAUAUAUUUUCGUAAACCCGCGUUACAAUUAACAAGAGAUCACCAAGUUACUGAUUUUGUAUACCCUACAGCAUGGUUUUCUGAAGUACCAUUCCUAACAGCUGUACAAUUACAAGCAGGAUGGUCGUUUGCUGAAAAUGUAAAUCUUUUAGCCUCAGGCUAUAACAGACCUAGUUUUGGUAAUGCUGGCAGUGGAAUUUACUUAGGUCGUAGAGGAAUUGGAAAGGCAAUAAUGCCUACAAUUACGCGAAAGGAAAUAUUGAUAUUUAAAGUACCCAAAAUAAAUAUAGAAACUCAAUACACUGAAGAUCCUUACGAUCCUUUAAAGGAUCAAAGUCAAAAAGUUUUAUUAUCUCACCAUCAGAAGGAGCACGAUGAAUCACGGAAGAAAUGGGAAAAUAAUAUAAUGAUAGUCAAUGAUAAAAUACGUUUGUUACAUGAUGAUACUGAUAUCUUUGAAACGUUCCCUUUAGAAGAAAAUAUCACAAAAAAUAUCUGUCAAAAUAACUUCUGCUGCGACUUUAGAAUAGAAAUUGCAAAAAUAGACCCAAGUAUAAAAUACCGUUUAAUGGUUUUUAACGGUCAUCGUUCUAUUCCAAAUAAUCUCGUUAAUGAUAAUGUUGCCGUAAGUUCAUGCAGUAUAAUUCAGUGCUUGAACAAUUCAGUGUCAUCAUGCGGUUCCGUGCAAAAAUCAGAAACAGUAUUCAACACUAUUUAUAUCACAGCAAAGUUCGACAAUCCUAAAACCAAUUUAAUUAUGCCAUCUACGUUAAAUCCAAAUUUACUUCCGCUAAAUAAUGAAGAUUGGAAGUUUAGUGUAGUUGAUUUUUUCACUGAAAAUGAUCGACUACAUGUUACUAUAUACUUAAAUAACCCUAUAGAUAAUUUAGUAACGUUUGGAAUAUAUUCGAGGCUUUUUAAUACAAACAGUGCAAAUAGGACAUCCUUUGAUACCAUUAAUUAUUUUGUAAUGUUAUUAGUGGCUUUGUUAUUAUCAAGAAAUUGA